GUGUAAUACAGUUCACCAAAAAUAUCAGUACUCACACUGACACUGUAAAUACUUGUACAUUAUUUUUAAUUCUGUGAGCGGAUACUCAAAAACUUUUUAUAAAUUAUGGCUACAAGAAUAAAAGUAAUGGGUCAGUGUCCAUAUUGUAAUCGUCAUGUGGCCAAAGACCUAAGACCUAUCAACAUGCUGUCAGCACGGGAUGCCAAAAGAAUAUCUCAACUGAUAAACGAAGUGCUUCCCCCAGUUCAGUUGGAAUCCGAGGAGGAGAAGCAAGAUCAUGAGGAACCAGUGCAUGAUCAUAGAUCUAGAAAAGCGCACGUGUCGAAGAGAAAGGAAGAGAAAGAUUCUGAAAGGAAGACAAUAUCCAAGAAAAAUACAAAAUCUCCAUUCUGCCAGGAUAAAUUAAAGAUAGGUACUAGGAGCGGAAAAACGCGUGUUACCAGGAGGAAGAAAGAAAUUGUAAGGUUGUCUGAACCCGACGUCGAAUCAGAAGAUCCUUCUUUAUUAGGGAACAUAAACAAAGAGACUAGAGGCAGAACAACGCCGGUGUCAAAAAAAAAGAACCGAAUUGAACAUGUUUCGGAUUCUGAGGAGAAAAUAGAAGAUGAUUCUUGCUCACGGGGGGAUUUAAACAAAGAUAAAAGUUUACAAGAAAACGUGGAAGAAGUUUCCUGCACCCCGAAGGAAGAGCUAAAAGAAAGUUAUUAUUCACAAGAUAAAUUGGAAAAUGAAGCUCAAAAAAGGGCUGUAGAGGAGGAUAAAUCCGAAAAUUCUCCAGACGCGAUCACUGGGUGCAUAUUGGGGUUGGUAGAGGAGGAGUUUGGGCGUGAUCCGGCUUGCAGUGGAUCAUCGGGGAUUUUAAAGGGGAACGCCGAGAUCAUACUGGCCAUGCUGGCCGAGGAGCAGCAUAUGAUCAAGAAGAUUAGGAAGCGGUCCUCACAGUCUUGUUGGUGGGAGGCGGACGAGCCGGCUCCUAAAAGGCGCAGGUGUUAAUGCUGUACCAAUGUAGUUACAUUUUGUUGCCUUUGCAAAAUCAACCGUCAUACCGUUGGCAGCCCACGUGCUGACCUUUUUACACCAUCCACCAGUCGGCACAAUAAACCUCCCUUUUUGAGCA